UUUAUUUUUUUGCUUGGCAACCUUCCCUCCGCCUGGCCCAACCCGUCGCUCGUGAGCGAGCGCCGCCACCCCCUCGUCUUCCUCCUUGCGCGAGCGCCUCCACGAACAGAUCCGGCCCUUCAAUUCUCUCGUUCCCGACCGUUUCUGCUCCCCGUUUCAUCUCCUUAAUCUUCCCCAAUUCGUAACUGAGGCAAAAAUCAAGGUCCAGCCCUUGCUCGUGGCCCUCAGCCCCUCUCUCCGUCGCACGCCCCAGGUCCAGCCCGCCGGAUUGACUGCUCGUGCAGAUGGGUACACCACUGAUAGCAGGACUUGCUGUUGCAGCAGCUGCUCUUGCUGGUCGAUAUAGCAUCCAAGCUUGGCAGGCAUAUAAGGCAAGACCUAUAGUUCCUAGGAUGCGCAAGUUCUAUGAAGGUGGAUUUCAACCUACAAUGAAUCGAAAGGAAGCUGGUUUGAUCCUGGGUGUCAGGGAAAGUGCCAAUGCUGAGAAGGUAAAAGAGGCGCAUAAGAAAGUCAUGGUUGCCAAUCAUCCAGACGCUGGUGGUAGCCAUUACCUUGCUUCGAAGAUCAAUGAGGCCAAAGAUAUUAUGCUAGGGAAGACGAAAGGAGGUGGAUCUGCCUUUUGAGCAUGGACUAUUUAGUGAAAACUUGAGUUUUGCAUAUCUAGCCUCAGCAUUUAGAAAAGGUGGAGUAAAAUAUUGAUGUGUUGCUGAAAUUUAUGGACGAAUCAAGAAUGUGGUGAGACCUUUUUAGAGCAGCUCUGUUUGUUGACAUGGAGAUGGAAUCGAUAGAGUAACACAAACUUCUGCGUGGAAAUGUCAUUAGUUGUAUCCAUGGGAUCUUUCUUCCAUUGUGAUAAGCUGUCAUGCUUGAUUGCUUGAA